AAGAGACGCCGGAAGUGUCGCCCAGAGCACCCGCUCGGGGCCGCUCUGGCCGCCCCUCUCGUUGGCGGCGCGUUGGGGAAGACGGGGGGACCAUAGAGAUGAGCGGGCAGAGAGGCGCCCGCCAAGAUGGCGACGCCCAGUGACGAGGAGGGGGUGGCGGUGGGGCCCAGGUACCACCAGCGCUCCGUGGCCAUGCUGGACAUUUCCUUCCCACCUUUCUGUGCCUUCCUGGGAUCCCUGGGCUUGCUCUGCGUGGCCCUGGUGAGCGCCUGGUGCCAGCACUGGCGAGGGGGCUUUUCCCUGGAUGGCGGAUCCCGGACAUUCAACUGGCACCCGGUGCUGAUGGUGACAGGAUUGGUGGUCCUCUACGGAGCAGCUGCUCUGGUUUACCGCAUUCCCAACACCUGGAGCGGCCCCAAGCUUCCCUGGAAACUGCUGCACGGCGGCCUGGCUUUGGGAGCCUUCGUCCUCACUGUGCUGGGCUUGGCAGCCGUGUUCUGCUUCCAUAAUUCCAACGGGACGCCCAACAUGUACUCCCUGCACAGCUGGAUGGGACUGGGAACCGUCCUGCUCUUCUCCUGCCAGUGGGCGGCAGGAUUUGGAGCGUUCCUGCUUCCCUGGGCUCCCACCUGGCUCCGGCAGCUCUACAAGCCCAUCCAUGUUUUCUUUGGCUCCACCAUCCUCAUGUUGUCCGUGGCUUCCUGUGUGUCAGGAAUCAACGAGAAGCUUUUCUUCAGCCUGAAAAACGGGACCACGCAGUACAAGCUCCUUCCCACCGAGGCCGUGUUUGCCAACACUUUGGGAAUCCUGAUCCUGCUUUUUGGGGUGCUGGUGGUAGGUGCCCUAGCCAGGCCCAGCUGGAAGCGCCCGGAUUCCAACUCCCUGGAUUCCCGCCAGCCCCUGCUCUCCGCCGAGCGCUGAUCCCAAAGGAUCUCUCAGCACUUCUAAGGUGUUUCCUGCACCCUUGCCAUCCCAAGGAUUUCCCAGCGCUCCCAGGGUGUAUCCUGUAUCCUCAUGCCUCCAGGUGCCAGAUCCUGUCUGGAUUUCCAGCUGUGCCAAACCCCAGCCCUUCCCGGUGCCAUCCUGCAGCUGCCAGAGCCUUGUCAGGACAAAGAGGAACAUCUGUGUUAUUCCCAUGUGUCACUCCCACCCCAGGGGAUCUGGCUCAGCAGGACAGGGAUGGAGCCACUCAGGGCCCUCAGGGCCAUGGAAUAAAACAAUGGCUUCUGCA